AUGGCCUCCAAACAAACCAUUAUCUCUCCCUAUGUUAACAUUAACGAGAUCAAUCCUGCUCUGGAUCACUACAAGAUUAGGGUUCGUGUGAUAAAACUUUGGAAAGCAUUCAAAUCCCUGCAGAUGGUUUUAGUCGAUGAUGAGGGAACAAGAAUUCACGCGUCUAUUGAGGAUGCAUUGGUGAAGAAAUUUCAUAACCAGAUCAAUAUUGGUGACUCAAAAAUAAUCGAUACUUUCAGUUUGGUCGAUUAUGACGAUGUGGUGGGCCAAAUUGCUGGUGUUGGUUCUCUUGAUAACAUAAAAACUAAAGGAAAAGACAAUGUGAAGAUAACUUUUGACUUGCAAGAUUUAAGUGGUGACCGAUUAAGUUGUACAAUAUGGGGUGAUCUUGCUAGAACUUUUGAAGCUUCUAUAAAAGAACACAAAGACUCGGUUGUAGUGUGUGUGAUUAGAUUUGCAUGUUUGAAAGAGUGGAAAGGGAAUUACAGUGUAUCAAAUGCAUUCAACACCACAGAUAUUCACUUAAAUCCGUCAAUUCCCGCAGUCGAAAAAUUCCGACAAAUGAUGCCAAACACUAGCGUUGUUGAGUUGGUUCACAAUGAGGAGAAUAUACAGCCAAAGGUUCGUACAUGUGUGACAAUUGGAACGAUCUGUUCGGUUGAGACAGUGCCUAAGUGGUAUUACAUUGCAUGCAAAGAAUGUAGAAAGAAGGUUCAACCAUAUCCACUAGAAUCUGACAAGGGGAAAAAACGUCUUUAUAGUUGUGGUGUUUGCGAUGACGAUGUCAAAGAAGUUGAUUACAAGUAUAAACUCAUACUACACGUUUCGUAUGGAAAUUCUCCAAAGAUUAAGCUGCUUUUUUUUUAUGGUCUAGCCCAACUAUUCGUAGGUAAAAAGGCUGAUGAAUUAGUUUCUCAAAUUGCCGAGAGUGACAAGGCUUCUUAUGUUGUUGCAAAGUUUUGGGAAAAAAAAGAUAUGGUCAACCAGUUUGUCAAGGAAACUUACAGAAAGGCUAAUGAUAAUUAUCAAGAACUAGAAUCAGAUGAACAAAUUCUAGAACUUACGUCGGAGGAAUCAACAUCUCUUUCGUCAAAGAGGGAGCUGUCUGGAAUCAAUGAAGAAGUCGUACAAGGUCAUAGCAUGACUACUAGGAAGAGGAUCAAGAUUGAAAAGCAAACUUAG